AUUCAGGGGAUUUUAUAUACCAAAAGGUGUAAAUAUAGUAAUUAUCCAUGUGCACUUCACCAGGAUCCAGAACAUUUCCCUGAACCGGAGGAGUUCAGACCAGAGAGAUUCCUUCCUGAGAAUGCAAUUGGCCGCAACCCUUAUGCAUAUACCUUUUUCUGCUGGACUCUGAAAUUGCAUUGCUUUGCUCUCAUGGAAGAAUAGGUUGUUUUUAUCAGCAAUCCUGAGAUUUUUUUUCAAUCCAAGCAACUCCGAAGCGUUAUGUCUUGUAGGAGAAUUGAUUCUUCAUCUGCAAGAUGGCAUGUAGAUUAGUCUGAAGAAAAGAUUAAAUGUUUAUCAGGAAUAAAGCAUUGUAUAUAUAAAUGAGAGAUUUUUCUUGGUUUGAUGACUGAUUCAUUUUUAAUUGUAUUUCAUUGUAUAUCUACAGCUAGGAAUUUAAAAAUGGAUGAAUAGUUGUGUUAUGUUCAACACUGGAAUCGGACAACAUAUUUUGAAGAAUCCUUUAAUUGUAAACAGCAUCAUAGAUAAGGCUGCAAUAAGACCCACUGAUGUUAUUCUGGAAGUUGGACCUGGAACUGGUAACAUGACUGUAAAGUUGUUGGAGAAAGCAAAAAAGGUGGUCGCUUGUGAGCUUGACACACGACUUGUUGCUGAACUGCAGAAAAGAGUGCAAGGAACUGCAGUAGCAAAUAAACUCCAAAUCAUGAUUGGUGAUGUUUUAAAGACCGAUUUGCCAUUCUUUGAUCUCUGUGUUGCCAACUUACCUUAUCAGAUCUCUUCCCCCUUUGUUUUCAAAUUACUUCUUCAUAGACCGUUUUUUAGAUGUGCAGUGCUGAUGUUUCAGAGAGAAUUUGCCAUGCGGCUAGUGGCAAAACCAGGAGAUAAACUGUAUUGCAGACUUUCCAUCAACACUCAGCUGUUGGCUCGUGUCGAUCAUCUGAUGAAAGUUGGAAAAAAUAAUUUUAGGCCUCCUCCGAAAGUAGAAUCCAGUGUUGUCAGGAUAGAGCCAAAAAAUCCUCCACCUCCUAUUAACUUUCAGGAAUGGGAUGGCCUUGUGAGAAUAUGCUUUGUCAGGAAAAACAAAACACUUGCAGCAGGAUUUAAAUCCAGUGCUGUUCAAGAGCUUCUAGAGAAAAAUUACAGAAUACACUGCUCUUUGCAUAACACAACCAUACCAGAAAAUUUCAGUAUUGGAGAAAAAAUUGAAAAAAUACUCGGAGAUACUGGUUUCAGUGAAAAACGUGCCCGUACCAUGGACAUUGAUGAUUUUAUUAGAUUACUCCAUGGCUUUAAUUCAGAAGGGAUUCACUUCUCAUAAGCAAGCUGAAGACUUGUGCAUGCUUUCGUCUUCAGAUGACUACCGAAGGACAUCCUAUCUUAUUAUCUAGAUUACUCCUCUAUAGCAGUGGUUUACAAAGUUAUGAGUCAGUGACAAAACUUUUGGGAACCAAGGACAUUUUUAUAUCUAGAUAAAGAUGAAAACAUAAUGGAGACAGAAGAAACAGGAGCUGUGGCUAGCUGGCACUCAUGAUUUGUACAGAACUGCAAAAUAAACAAAUUGCAUUUAAAAAAAAAUACUCCUAUAGAUGUUUAAAAAAAUAUAUUGUCUUGUUUCAAAGCAUGGACUAUUCUUACUGUAAUAAGCAGAUAAUCUCAUGACAGUUGCGGAUGUAAUGGGCACCCAAAUGUUUCUGAUAGGCAGACCCCAAAUUCAUAUUUUAACAAUGGCUAAUGAUUGCUUUCAGUUAAAGGGAUAUUUAAGUCAGAAGUGAAUUCCCCUUAAAAUGUUUUGUUGUGCAUAAUAUUAAAACUUUGCACUGCACUUUUAUUA